UUCCUUAAAUUUUAAUAAUUUACAAUAUAUGUUUUCUGUACUCUUACUUUUCUUUGCCAAAAAAAACUCGGCUGUGAGAGUUAGGAGGUUAUAGACGCCGAAAAGAAAGAAAAAUCCAUAUGUUUCCUGCUGAAGAACGAUGUCCAUCAUCCACCUUCCGUUUCCUCCAUCUCAACCAGUAUCUCUUAAAUUCAAACCUCUUUUCUACUUGCCCACAUGCCCAAAACUUAAACUUCCUCUUGCAACCAGCUUUAAACCCUUUUGUUCCUCCAAAGUACCUUCUUACAUUCCCUCCGAGCCCACAACCCAAAACUCCCACUUUCUCUCUCAGACCUUCCAUUCCCUCAAUUCCCUCAAACCUUACGUUCUCUCCCAGCGCACUCCCAUUCUCUUUGGAUGGCUCUGCAGCCUAGUCUCCGUUUAUUCUCUCUCCAAGGUCGUAGCCAACAUUGGCAAAGCCUCAGCUUUUAUGGGCAACUUCGAUGGUAUGAGAUUGAGGAGCGAAGGCUCAGUUUUGGCCUUGUUAGUGCUCGCAAGGCAUGUAGCGUCUUACUGGCAGCAAGCGUUUCUCUGGGACGCGGCGUUGAGCGCCGUCUACGAGAUUAGAGUUCAAGUUUUCAACAAGGUUUUGGAGAGAGACUUGGCGUUUUUUGAAGGUAGCGGCGGUGUCUCGGCGGGAGAUAUUGCUCAUAGGAUUACAUCCGAAGCCUCUGAUGUUGCAGAUACUGUAUAUGCUUUGCUCAAUACUAUUGUACCCAGUACUUUGCAGCUGAUAGCAAUGGGGAUGCAGAUGUUGGCCAUCAGCCCCUUGCUGUCUUUGAUAUCGGCAACGGUGAUACCAUGCAUGGCUCUUGUUAUUGCCCAUCUUGGCGAGAAACUUCGUAAGAUAUCUAAGGAUGCACAUCUUGCUAUAGCUUCCAUAUCAGCCUAUUUAAAUGAGAUCCUUCCUGCAAUUCUUUCCGUGAAAGUGAACAAUGCAGAGCUGUGUGAGAAUGUUAGGUUUCAGAUGCUUGCUCGUGCCGACCUCUCUGCACAUUUGAAAAAGAGGAAAAUGAAGGCGCUUGUUCCCCAGAUCAUACAGAUUUUAUAUUUUGGAGCCUUAUGUAUACUCUUUGCCGGUUCACUUGCAAUUUCAAGAGGUUCUUUUGACAGCUGUAGCAUGGUUUCAUUUUUAACAUCACUGGUUUUUUUGAUUGAGCCAAUUCAGGGUGUUGGGAGAGCAUAUAAUGAAUUGAAGCAAGUUGAACCAGCUAUUGAGCGCCUAUUUGAUAUGACCAGGUUCAAAUCAAUGGUAAUGGAGAACCAAGAUGCUGCUGAUCUCAACCAUGUUGCAGGAGAGUUGCAAUUUUGUGAUAUCUCAUUUAAGUAUGCGGACAAUAUGCCUCUUGUUUUGAAUAAAUUGAACCUGCACAUCAAAGCUGGAGAAACAGUUGCUCUUGUUGGGCCCUCUGGUGGAGGAAAGACUACCCUUGCAAAACUACUUCUUCGGCUAUAUGAUCCUUCAUCAGGUUGUAUAUUUAUCGAUGGUCAUAAUAUCCAAUGCAUCCGGUUGCAAAGUCUGAGGCGACAUGUUUCCCUGGUUUCUCAAGAUAUAAUGUUAUUUUCAGGAACAGUCGCUGAAAACAUUGGAUAUAGGGAUCUGAUGAAAAAUAUUGACAUGGAGAGGGUAGAGAAGGCGGCACAAACUGCGAAUGUAGAUGAAUUUAUUAGAAAGCUUCCAGAAGGGUACAAAACAAACAUUGGACCGAGGGGCUCAGCUUUGAGUAGAGGCCAGAAGCAAAGACUAGCUAUUGCAAGGGCACUGUAUCAGAAUUCUUCUAUACUGAUUUUGGACGAAGCUACUUCUUCUCUCGAUAGCAGGUCUGAAUUAUUAGUGAGACAAGCAGUGGAGCGCUUGAUGGAAAAUCAUACAGAUAUGGAUACAUCAAACCCUGCAGUUUUCGUAAAUGCUGAGCUGCUGCACAUGCAUGUUGGACGGAGGGUUCGGGCAUUGAUUCAGGUUAUCCGAUCUGAUGGUGGAAAUGUAACUGGAAAAUCUACAGAUGAAAACCAGCUAGUUGUUAAAGGAUCGCCACCCUUUGCCCUCACAACUUUUGUUGAGGUCAUUGGUGUUGCUGACAGUGAAAAAUCCAUUCGUGCUGAAGUUUGGACCAAUUUUGGCGAUACAAUUGACACGCAUAGCUACAAUCAGCUUUGUCAGCUUGCAAAUGGGGAAUUUAAACACUUGUUCGUUUGAGAUACAAGAAGCUCACUAAGUAUUGGAAAGUGCUUCCGACCUGUGGGAAUUUAAACAGGGAGAUACUCGUGAAUGUUUAGCCAAUCAUGUAGUCUUUAAAAGUGCUCUUGGAUAUUUCUUGAACCUUUUGAAUGCGAUUGUAAUCUGCAAGUAGAGAGCCUUAAACCUUCCACGCAAUUCAAUAUACGCUGGAUCGGUGGGAGUUAUAUUUUUACAUUUAUGAGCUGUUGAAUACUUUUAACCCUCACAGGUUGAUUCCAUUUUCAACAAAUUGUCUGCAAUGCCGUUGUAAAUUGCCUGCUAUAUCGAAUAAUUAAUAGUUGGGUUUUAUA